AGAUAACAAGAAUUAGAAUGGCAUCUUACACUGGUGAAUCUUCUGUCAUCACUCCGCUAAGUACAAGUCUCUGCACUAUAUGUCAUUUUAAAAUUAUCUCCGAGGAGUUUGUAAGGCUACCAGAUGGAAGACCGUAUCAUAGAUUAUGCUUACGUCAGGGAAACAUUUGUCAGACUUUACCAAAAGAUGGAUGCUCUGGAGAGCAAGUUGAAGAAAGUAACAUAGAAAAAGAAAACUCCAGUCGUCACUUUCCCGAAGUGGAAAGUCCAAGUCAACAAGUUACAACAGGACUUGAAUACAAUACCUCCACCCACACUUUUAAGCAGGAACACAGGAUUCUGGCUGCCAUUAUGGAUUUUGUUAAAAAGCGGUACGGCGGCAUUGAGGUGAACAGACAAUCUGUAAAAAUCUUUGCCAUGACCGACGAUGAUUUUGUUCUCUGAACAAUUGAAAUAUUGCGAGAUUUUGAACCAGUGUUUACAUUCAGGAGAUUGUGCGGCCAUUAUGUGCAUUGAAGAUAAACAUGUACAAACAUUUUCAUAUUUUGACAAUAAUUGUCGCCAGCUUUUAGCAGAAAAAAGCCAGUUCAAGAAAUGUUUACAUUUCUAUUCUCAAAUUCACAAGAUGGUCGCACAUCCCCCUUAACUGACUUUCAGUCUGGACUCUAGAAGGCAUCGUGGCUUCUAUAAAUCUGGACCCCAACACAAUGUUUUUAUAGAAGCUGCAUUCAAAUUAAGUUCUUAGGGAUUGAAAUCUGUAAAUUGUGAUAAUGACCACAAAUGAUCGAAUACAGAGGAAUAUCCGGUCUUCUUGCUGAACAACAACAAUCUGGAUGCUAUAUAUAAAACUAUACUAUAUUUGUGUAUCAUGGUAUAUGUUUGAACAUAUUGGAAUUAAAUACA